AUGGCUCCGCGAUCGCAGAAGAAGCCGGCCGCGCGAGUCAUCGCAAGGGCCGUGAAACAGCGAGCUGGCGGCCGAGCAGCGCGUGGCUGCGAGGCUUUGAGCAUUCACUGUGUGGGCGGCACUCUGCGAGCAGAGGUAGGUGGUCGGCAGAGCCCGGAACUUCAAGCAGCAAAGUCCCAACGCCGCCUCUGGAGCCGCGCUCGGGAGCUACUGCGGGAGGAGCUCUCAACGAGAACGGCCGCACGCCGUGCUGCUUUUUGGCUUGGUGGUGCUUCGCGGGCUGUUGCCUGCGGCCCUUGUGUGCACUGCCCGCACGAGGCUAUUGCGGGAGCUAUCUGCACUGAAGGCGCUCAGAGCACAUUGGCACGACACUGCUGGUCGCACAGGACAACUUGCAGGCCUGGGGCUGCUUUGGACUCGGCCAUGGUCGCCCCGGGCUGCCUUGAAGGGGAGGUGCCGAUGCCCUCCCUGCUGCGGCGCUUGGACCUUCAGGCCUUGCCAGAGGUUCUGGCAGUGCUAGAGCACGAGAACCUUUUCGAGGCGACAGCAAACAUCCUGCAAGUGGACGAGGUAGUGACGACAGCGUACAAGUGGCUGCGGGCGGUGCCGCCCACCACUUUCACCGGCCCACACAUGGACCGAGCUUAUGUGGGUGAGGGCCGGCGGCUGACGGCGUGGAUUCCGCUCGGUCCCGUGAGGUGCGGGCAGCGCGAGCUUGGCUCGCUUUGCUGGAUUCCGGGCUCGCACACGAAUCCCGAAGUUAUUGAGAGGUUUAAGGACUACCGGCGCGUUGGAUCAGAUGGAGAAAGGAGUGGGUGGCUUGCAGCCGAUGCUGGCGCCCUCCCACUACCAGAAGGUUGCAUGUGGCGCAGUUCCCACUUUGCCUCUGGAGAUGUGGCGAUCUUCGGCAUGGAUCUUCUACAUUCGACAGUUCCGAAUGGAACGCAGUCAUUCCGACUUUCGUGUGACACACGCUGGCAGCCUCUGGAGGACCCGCCGCCAGAAGGCGUCGUCGUUGGACCUUGGCGGUGCCAACCUGAGCGUCCGGCCAAGGAGAAAAAGAUGGUCCUCUUGCAUCAAAAGUGCACGUGUUUGUGGGGGGCCAGUGUUCCCCAAGAUGACUCGGCGCCGAGCGCUUUUGCCCUGAUGGCAUCUUCACGAGACGUCCAUCCUCAAUCAUAUUCGCAGGAUGAUGCUGGUCAUCAGGAGUGUGUGAACAAGAGGUCCCAGUCGGGCAUUGUUCAGCCGUUGAUUUCUCGGCCGCCUCUCCCACGGCUGUACACGCAGUUCAUGAACAAUGAGACGUCGGACGGCCAGCGGAGCGUCAAUUUCGAGGAUUCGCCAAACCAGCGCACGCCAUCCUCAAAACGGGUCUAUGACCUGCAGGAUUUGCUGAAGUGGUUCGAGGACCUGAUGCACGAGUUCCAGCAAGAUCCCACCGAGCACGCGUCCCUGUCCAACGUGUUGGGGCCGAACCCGUGGAAUGUAGGCUUCAUCCUCAACGGACGGCUUCCGGAGCAGGUCAUUCAACUUCUCAAAGCCUUUCUGCGCAGCGUCGUUAUGAAGUUUCCGAAAGCCUACUCCUUGGAGGAGGCAGUGAUGCCGGCGGCCAAACGCGGAAAGCUUCGGAUGUGCAAGCUUUGCCUGGAAUCGGUGGGCAGUUGGUCUCAGAUCAGCCUGCUCCACGUGGCAGCGUUCUGCAGCCACGAGCGCUUGGAGCAGGAUCUUCACCUGAUACUGAGCCUCAAGGGCAACAUCAACGCACGUGCACUCUUCGAUGUGGAGCUCGAUUUCCCGCGGGAGGGCUUGAUCAUCAAGGAAAAGGUUGUAUGCUCCGUUUUGCCGAUCCACUUCGCGGUCUAUGCCGGAAAUGUGCAUGCCGUCAAGGUGCUCAUCCGGUGCCGAGCUGCGGUGGAAUGCCGGGCCACCUUCGAUUCUGUCCCGGACUACACUCCGUUGCAUCUGGCGACAACUCUGUGGGCCAGGGCAGGGAAUGAUGCGGUGAUUCAGCACCAGGUGGUGAAGAUCCUCCUGGAAAAUACUGCAGAUCCUACUACAAUGGAUCUCAGCGGUGCGACUUGCAAUGAUCUGAGGCCACAAGGAGGUGCCAGCGCGAGCACGCUCAGAAGUCUGCGCUUGCGCAGCAUCGGCAUCAAAAGGGGCAUGGUGGUCGAACUCAACUUGGACGCGAUUGCCAAGAAAGGGCCAAAGGCAAGGUUGGAGGUGCGCCAGUUUCUGGAGACUGCAGAUGCACGUCGCAGCGAGUUCGUGGUCAUGGCAGAUGCAGAGGACCCUCACGAAGAAGACGAUCUACUGCAGAUCUCGCUUCUGGUCAGGGACGGUUUGGAGGAAAGCAGGGUGCUCAAGAUCCAGCAGUGUUGCGUGUCGGUUCUCGGUUAUCGAUUCUUCCAGUGCUGCCUUCGACAAGUGCUGGACUAUCUCUUCGGGACAGUUCAGAUGCCUUCUCCGAGGUCCAUGAUGGAUUCUCCCAUUAUCCGGUCACGAACUCUGGAAGAAGAGAGCGCUGCGGCUGAGGGGUCCCUGACUGUCCAGGACUUCCGUUUGGGUGGGCCGUCGAAGCGACGAGCCGUUACCAUCGCAGACUUUCAUGGCGAGGACGUGAUGAGCGAUCCAGACCUGGAGCCCGGCAUCCUUCCGGACGUGGAAAUCGAACACGCCGUGAAGAUGAAGCUGAGCAACCCGCUGCGUCCAGGAAAGUUUUACCGUAAGAGAAACCGAGUUGCUGAAGGUUACUUGUUGCACUUCGCGAUUGAUGAGAUGGUUCGAGAGGAGGACAGGAAGUGGAAUGUUGCCGCAGAAGACGUCCUGCAGUACAUCGUUGCGAGUCGUGCCGACAUCCAUGCCAAAGCAGAUGUGGAGCGACGGACCAACGCGAAUGAGUUCUGCUGUGUCACCGGCAUGCAUAUCGCUGCGGUGGGCCAUUGCUUGCCAGCGGUCAAAGCCCUGCUCAGCCUGGGCGCAUCUAUCGAGUCAGCGGCCGUCUUUGACGGGAUCCCAUGCUGGACGCCCCUCUCCGAUGCACUUGUAUCCACCAUCGACUACAACCACGCCACGCGCAACCCCUCUGCGCCCCACCCCUCGAUCAGAGGUGCGAAGGAAUCUGCAGCUGUCAUCCAGCACCUUCUGGAGCAGCGCGCCAAUCCGGAUGGAUGCGGCGGUAGUGGAGGCCUUACCUGUCUUCACCUGGCCGUCGGCAAGAACUGCGACACAGAGCUGAUAUGUCUGCUGGUGGAACACAGCGCGGACGUUACGCUCAAGACGAGCGAAUGGGUCCGGGCCACCCGUGCCCACGGCAACCGGGGGUGGGACCGUGGCUUGACACCGCUGCAGAUUUGCGACUACGCAGACCAGGUCUACUCUCAGAAACAAAGGAGCGAGGUCAUGGCGUUGCUAGCUCCCUCGCUUCGGGGUGCAAGCUUCCUCCUCCAGGACGUGACCAGCAUGGCUGCCUUCAGUGUCAGUGGCGCCAGUGAGCUUGUGAAGCGUGUCCUGGACGAGUCCAACAAGGAUUCCGGCGGCACAGCCGCACGCGCCCUUUCGACUCUGAGGCUGCGUGCCGUCACAGGUGCCCGCUCUGCUGAGGGCCUGGAGCCAGUGGACAGCAUUGCAGAGCUGCUGGAGAUUGCACCGUCGAUAGCUAUCUCAGUCCUGGAUGAGCUGCUCCUGACGGAACCAGCCCGCAGCAAACAAGUGAACAUUGAGAAAGUAUCUAUAGAAGCCUGA